AUGUUAUCAGCAAUAAUUAGACAAUUGUAUCAAAUCCAAUAUUUCAUUAUUCUCAUUCAUUUAUUUCCUACUAUUUAUGCUAUAUUUUUAACACAACUACAAUUAGUUGCAACAAUUGAUAAUAAUGAUACAGAAUAUUACACCACUGAUAAUUUAUUCAUCCUUGAUAGCUUAUCAACAGUAUGUUCCAAUAAAUGUCCCAAUUUUUGUCCCAAUCCUGAAUUAUUGGAUUGUUCUAAAUUAGCUCAAGAUCCAUGCGAAUGUUGCACUGUUUGUCUUCAUGAUACGGGUGAACAAUGUGGCCCAGGAAUUGGUGCUUGUCAUCAGUCAAAUUUUUGUCAACCAAAAUUGGAUCAAAAUGGAAUUGGCAUUUGUAUCGACUUUCAUUUGUUAAAUAUUUGA